AUGGAUACGUAUAUCACUAGUAAUGUUCCAUUUGCUGCACAGAUAGAAGAUAUUCGAAAGUAUAUAUUGGAUUUCGAAAAAUUAAAAAAAAAUAAUAAGCACAUUAUCAAUGGUUGUGGCUAUUCACCUAGUCAUAAUUUAAAGUCGAUGCAUAAUUCCCCUAGCUGUAAUAACCAGAAACAAUCACAUUUAAACCAAUAUAAAAAUUGUUAUCAAAAUUUUAACUAUUCUAGUAGGAAUCCAAGGUAUAAAGGAAAUAAUUUUUUGAAUUCUAAUAAAGGUAGUUAUUCAAGCACAAAUGAUAAUGUUUAUUAUCCUUUAAAUUCAAAGUCACGAAAAAAUCUUCCUUAUUAUAAUUUAGGAAGUAGUAAGAAUAUAGAUAAUAACACUACUAAUAACAGGCACUUAAAAAGUGAAAUGGUUCCAAACAAUAUACGACAUCAGAAUUUAAAUAUUCCAAAUCAGCAUAAUAAUAUAUAUUCUACAUAUUGUAGUGGUAUUUCCGAUAUGAAGAUGAGUCAAUCUAUAAAUCAUCUUGAUAAUUUCCAACAAAUAUCUAACUGGAAUAAAGACCAAAUCUCCUUUGAUUCUAAAAAAGCAUUACUGGUUAAAUCUUUAUAUGAUACAUAUUCUCAUAAUGGUAUUACCAAUAAAUUUGAUCCUUAUCAGGCAAUGAAUUCAGGUCAUGAUAUGCAGAUUGACUAUAAUAAUAAAAUCCAACUUUCUCUUUCAGCAAACAGUUCAUUAUAUUUAAAUGGUCCCCAACAAUUAUCUCCUAUCUUUCCAACUGAGAAUUUUAAUGAUAAAGUCGAUAUUUUGAUGACAAAUUCAAACUUACCAAAUACAAAUACUUUCCAAUAUGAUAUUGAUUCUUCGAAGAAAGAUAUAUUUAAUUCGUCGCUAAAUAAAAAUUUGAUUGAAAAGGCAUAUUUGAGCCACAACUUUACAAGUUCCCCAUCACCAAUAUCAAGUAAUGAGACAAAAUUUAAUAAUAAUAUUUCGCCAGUUUCUUCGAAUUAUAUAAUACCAACUGACAACAAUAGGACAUAUAUGGAUAAUUCGUCGCAAUCUAUUGGCUAUAUUAUGCCGUAUUCUUCGAAUUUAUUCACAAAUUCAUCUAUUAGUCAAUAUUAUAAUAGUGCCAAUAAUAUUAUAGAUCAAAAAAUAUCUUUAUUACAGCAUGAUACACAUAGGUAUAAAAAUGGGGAGAAUGAUAUUGUAUCUGGCACAUCUUUUGGUUGGAGUUUCACGGAUAUUAAAAAACAAACUGGUAUUGAGGGAAGCAAUACGGUUCCUUUUGUAAAUGGGACUAAUAAAAAUAUAUCUUUACCUAACUUAAAUAAAUCAUUUAAAAUUUGGAACGAUGAUAUGAAAGUGUGGAGUUGA